AUGAGAGCGUGUGUAUUCAUCUUUGCCCUGCUGGCAAUAGCCCAUAGCAAGAAGCUCUUUAUUGGACACCAAGUUCUUCGAGCCAGUCCAGAAUCCGAUGAGCAUGUUGAAUACCUGAAAGAGCUCGAAGGAGAUCAGUACUGGGGGCUGGACUUCUGGACUCAUCCAGUGUCCCCUGGUGUGCCAGUCGACAUCCAUGUCCCCACUUCAAGUCUUUACGCCACCACGAAUUUCCUUACUCAAAACAAGGUCCCUUUCACUGUUAUGAUCAGCAAUGUGCAGGAACUCUUGGAUAAGGAGCAGGCAGAGGUGGAGGAGAACUCCAUGAAGGAACGCAAUACAAAGAGUUUCAACUUUGCAGCUUAUCACACACUAGAUACCAUUUAUGAUUGGAUGAACACUCUUGUUGCUGCUCAUCCUAAUCUGGUCUCAAAAGUGAAUAUUGGAAACUCCUAUGAAAAUCGCCCCAUGUAUGUCCUCAAGUUCAGCACUGGGGCAAACCGUCCUGCAAUCUGGGUUGAUGCCGGAAUCCACUCCAGAGAGUGGGUCUCCGUAGCCUCUGCUGUGUGGAUGGCCAACAAGAUUGCCACCGAUUAUGGUGUAGAUCCCUCUGUUACAUCUUUUCUGGGCAAAAUGGAUAUCUACUUCUCGCUUGUCACCAACCCCGAUGGAUACGUGUACACCCACACCUCCGUGAGUCCCUGGGACCGCAUGUGGCGUAAGACCCGCUCUAGGAAUGCUGGUUCCACAUGCGUAGGUGUUGACCCCAACAGGAACUGGGAUGCUGGUUUUGGUGGCCCUGGUGCCAGUAAGUACCCCUGCUCUGAUUCUUACCACGGCCCCUACGCUCACUCUGAGAUUGAGGUUCAGAAUGUGGUGAACCUCAUCAAGAACCAUGGUAAAUUCAAAUCCUUCAUCUCCAUCCACGCCUACUCUCAGCUCCUCAUGUAUCCCUAUGGAUACACCUGCUCCAGCAUCCCUCACCAGGCUGAACUUGACUCUGUGGGAAAAGCAGCAGUCAAGGCUCUUUCUUCUCUGUAUGGGACCUCCUACCAAGUGGGAAGCAUCUGCAACAUCAUCUAUCAAGCCAGUGGCGGAAGCAUUGAUUGGUCCUACAACCUCGGCAUUAAGUACUCCUUUGCUUUUGAGCUGCGUGACACUGGUCGCUAUGGUUUCCUCCUCCCAUCCACUCAGAUCAUUCCAACAGCAUCUGAGACGUGGCUGGCCCUUAAGCACAUCAUGGAGUAUGUUCGUGACCAUCCUUAUUAA